UGCUGCGGGGAGCAUCUGGGCGCUCAGUCCGUCAGAAGCAUCGAGUGAACAGAGUCACGCACGCCUAACUGCAACAUGCAUUUCUUGGUUCAUUCGGUCUCAUUGCUCAUCGCUGUUGCAGUCAGCUGUGUUAACUCAGUGCCCUAUGGGUUUGGUAAUAACGCAGGUCGAGUAGAAGACGCUGUCGUUGUCGAUGCGGCGCCCUCGUUCUCGCCCGUUGAUAGCGAUUCGACCUACCCCGUGCAUAGCCCUGGCAUGUUUUGCCGACAUAAGGUCUAUUAUAGUCCUUCCGAAAGUGAACCGAAGCAGAAUUAUAAACAGAAAGAACAGGUGACGUAUGAGACGUAUCUGCCGAGCCCUGAAUUUGUUAGAAUUCGAUCAUACGCACCUUCUUCCGACUCUGAAACAUUUCGGGCUCCAUCGUCGUACGAACCACAGAGGACUCCUUCCACUUCGUACAACAGCAACUACGAAACAUCACGUACUCCUUCAAAUUCGUAUAACACCAACUACGAAACCCAAAGGGCUCCUUCAACUUCGUACAACAGCAACUAUGAAACACAUAGGACUGCACCGUCGUACAGCACCAACUACGAAACAUAUCAGGCACCUUCAGCUUCCGUUGAAUCACCUCAGUACUUCCAGAGGCAGAAUAAUGAAAUUCAAGAAAAUUCACAUAUUAGACAGUUUGACCAGACCGGUUCGAUGUACGAGUCCUUCAUGGUUCAAGUUAUGGAUAAAGGAUAUCCGUCAGCUCGAACGGUCAUGGGCUACAGGUUGAUGAACGCGCAAGAGCCCAAAUCGUCACUGUCCUACAAUUAAUUCCGCCUCAAUUUAAAAUAGACACUAAAACAGAAUAUUCUCGAUCCCUUCCGCGGUCCACGACGUUGAAUGUCACAAUAAAACGGCUGGGAGGAAAUGCUUUUUAGGAGCCCCUUUCCAUAAAUGGAAUUGGGUUAAAUUAUGUAAAACGAAGUGAAAUCUCAGGGGGGAAUAAAGAAUGGCCCAUGUCUUUUCCUGGCUGACUUUUCUCUUUUUAUUUUUUUGUGGACAAAUUAAAUAUCGCAUUAACUUACCGAAAAUACACGAUUCGAUAUUAAAAAUUGA